UUCCCCCUUUUGUUUUUCUCUUCUUUCUAUAAAUCAUCCUUCUCCCUAUUUUCAAGAUUCUUCAUUCACCUUUUUUUUUUUUCAUUUUUCUCUCCAUUUUUCUUCAAUUUUCCAACACCCUUUUGCUUUAAUUACAAACCCAUAAUUUAUUUUCAUAAAAAAAUCAAUCGAAAAAAAAAUAUUUCUAUGGCGGAAGAACACGAAUUUCAAUCCCCAGAAGGUGGGCGUCACCAAUUAUGUGCUAAUAAUUGUGGUUUUUUCGGCAACUCUACCACCGAAAAUUAUUGUUCCAAAUGUUAUCGAGAUAUCGAAGAGCGAAAAUCCGAUGCAAAAUCAAUCGACUGUCUAUUUUCUCCGACAAAAAGGGUGUUGGAGAAAAUGAUAGUCAAGCCGAUUGUUUUGACGCCGGAUUUAGUGGAGGCUGCGGUGCCACUUGUGACACCGCAGCCGAAUAGGUGUUUGGUUUGUAAGAAGAAAAUGGGGUUAAUGGGAUUUAAGUGUAGGUGUGGGACCAUUUUCUGUGGGACCCAUAGGUAUCCAGAGGUUCAUGCAUGCACAUUUGAUUUUAAGUCAAUGGGGAGAGAAGCUAUAGCUAAGGCAAAUCCAUUGAUCAAAGCUGAGAAAUUGAAGAAGAUCUAAUCUUAGCCGUUGGAUUAGAUGACUUUUUCUUUGGUGCCAAAAAUGAAUGAGAUCGUCGUGAUGAUGAUGAUGGCAGUGGUGGUGGUUCUCGGUUAGGACCAAAUUGGAAAUAAAAGGAAAAUAUUGGGGUUGUUUGGUUCCACAAAAAAGUUAUGUGAAUGUAAAAUGUAUAUUUAUAUUUCGAUUUUCUUUUUUAGUAUUAAUCCUUUUAGUCUGGGAAAUAAUUUAUGUUA